AUGGAUCCCUUGAGCCUAGCAGCCAGCAUAGCUGGUGUUGCUACUGCUGCUUUUCAGAUUAUUACAUAUCUAGAAACAGUUGGCGCUGGUGGGAAAGAAAGAUUCCAGCUGCUACAGGAGCUGACGAGCCUAUGGAUCACCAUUAAGGCUUUACAUGCGCAAAUAGUUGAUACUCUUGACGAAGACCAUUUCCCGCCACAACUCAAGACCUUGUUCACGAAUGGGAACCUUCUACAAGAGUUGGAGAGCCUUGUCAACGAUGUGGACAAGAAGCUCAAGCCCCGCUCAUCGCGAAUCAGUAUUCGACAGACUCUAGGGUGGCCGCUAGCGAAGCAAGAUGUUAUCCAGCUAGUUGAGCGGAUGGGACGCAUGCAGCAGACUCUGCAUGCAGCGUUAGGUCAAUCGAAUUAUUCCCUCACUCGGGGCAUUCAUCGCGACGUCCAGGCUGUCAAAGCAGUUCUUGACGAAGGAAAGCUGAAGCCGAUAAUCGACUGGAUAUCUUCACUGAACUUUAUCGCAACGCAAAACUUGUUGUUCAAGGGCCAUCACCAAGGGACGUGCAAAUGGUUUUUGGAAAGUGAUGAGUUUCGCCGUUGGAAAAGUGACGAGGAUGUCAUUCUUCUCUGCCCAGGAAUCCCGGGAGUCGGCAAGACAUUCUUAUCAUCAAUUGUUAUCAAUGAGCUUGACAGACUGCGGCUGAGCGAGAAGGAGGGUCUCAAAGAUUCAGCAGUCCUGAUGCUUUACUGCAAGUGGGAUGAUUCUUCGUCGCAGUCUGUUGAAAACCUCCUGGCAAGCUUGGUCAAACAGAUUGCCCAGCGUUAUGGUCUUGUGUCAGAAGAGUUGCCCAAAUUGUUCACAACACACAGUAAGGCCGGAACAAGUCCAGAUCGAGACGAGUACUUUUCGGUACUCAGAGCCGAGCUGAGUGCCUUUUCGAAAACUUUCAUUGUGAUUGAUGGCCUCGAUGAACUGAGAGAGGAGAGAAAUAGACUUCUGCUGAUCGAGACACUGACAUCGCUGACGUCAGUGAAAGUGAAAGUCAAUCUUCUGGUGACGUCCCGACCAAUUGAUAGUAUUACAAGGCACUUUAUCAACGUUCCUAUCACAUGCGACAAAUGCAGGAAAAGUAUCCGUCAGAGAUAUCACUUUCAUUGCAGUGAAUGUGAUGAAGACGUCGUUGGCGGCUUCGACCUUUGUGAGCCGUGCUAUGGGAAAGGAGAGCGAUGUAGUCGCAGAGGUCACGUCUUUGUAAAACAGUUCAACAGCAGCCGAAUUGACAUUACUGCGAUGGAAGAAGAUUUGCUCACUUAUGUGAAGUGGCGAAUCGAUUCAUCAGAGUUUCUUCGAUUUUUUGUUGAAGGCAAUCCCGCGCUGAUGGAUGAUAUCGUUCUUGCUGUUGUUGGAGAAAACGAGGGGGUUUUCCUGCUUGCAAAACACAAUAUGGAUUUCCUUGCAUCGUUGAUGCGACCCUCUCAAGUCAAAAAGGCGCUGGAAGGUCUUCCUAAAGAGCUAGAAGGUACUUAUACAAAUUCAAUGAUGCGCAUCAAGGACUUGCCAGACAGCCAUAGGGAAAUUGCCAUGGAGUUUCUACGAUGGGUUGUCUUUGCGGAACGUCCUUUGGAGCUUCACGAGAUUGAGCAUGCUAUUGCCGCCGGGGAUGAAGCCCAGGACAUUGGUCCCGAUGAUAUUAUUCGUGCGCAAGUAAUUGCGUCGAUGUGUGCUGGAAUUGUGGUCAUUGACGAGUCUGACAGCGUUCGUCUGGUGCAUUUUUCAGCGAAGAAUUUCUUCUCCAAACACCAUGAGACUUGGUUUCCCGAUGGAAGUAUAAAGUUGACCUCGACAUGUCUUUCAUAUCUUCAAUUUGAAUCCUUUUCCCAGCCAUGCACAGGGUCCAGUGAAUCUGCUGAUUUCGAUGCACGCUUGAAGAAAUAUCCUUUUCUCAGGUAUGCGGCGGAAUUCUGGGGCAAUCAUCUUCUCAAAACUCCACAAGACGAUUUAUUUGGGUUUGCUCGGAGGUUACUCAAAGAAUCUGGGUAUUUUGCAUCCUUAUCACAGGCCUUAUGGUACGUGGACAAUGCAGACUCGUCAAGCUGGGCUGGAAAAGAUGGUAGCACUGCCUUGCACUUGGCCGCACACUUCGGAUUAAACAAGCUAGUGGUUGAGCUUCUAGAGGAUGGAGUCGACCCGAAUAUUCGUGAUGUGAAUGGUGUUACACCGCUGAUACUUGCCUCCAUACGUGGAAUCGUGGAUGUUGCCGCCACUCUGAUCCAAGCAGGGGCUGAUGUCAAUUCGGCGGACAAUGUCGGCGCAACUCCGAUAUUUGGCGCCACCCUUCAUGACCAGGAAGAGGUGGUCAAGCUUCUACUCACGCAAGAGACAACUGAUGUGAAUUUGAGAAUCAAUGGAUAUACACCAUUGAUGGUAGCUGCACAAAACAAAUUUCUCGGCAUUCUUAAUGCGCUCCUACAAAACCCGAGCUUGGAGAUUGACAAAGGAUCAACGGAGUCUGGGCUUACUGCAUUAAUGAUCGCGGCUAUGGGCGAUAAACCAGAAAGUGUAGAAGCGCUUCUCACCCAUCCUGGAAUUGACAUCAAUUUUCAAUCCACAGAUGGCUCAACAGCUCUUCUCUGGGCGGCAACUGAAGGAUACGGUCUGGUGGUGGAUAUUCUCCUUGAUAAUGGUGCAGACACUGAGGUGAUGCAAGUCGGCACUCUCGGCACUGCGCUGAAUCGAGCUAUUGAUGAGGACCAAGUCCAUGUUGUCGAGUUGUUACUUGCGAGAGGAGCUAAUGUACAUCACACGGAUGUUUUCAAACGCGGCAUGCUUCAUUCAGCUGCAGUCAACGACCGAUAUGAGAUACUGAAAGUCCUUCUCGAAUUUGACACUACAUUAGACGUCAACAUGCAGGACGUUAAUGGGAAGACAACGUUACAUGAUGCAGCCAGAAGUGGAUGCAAAGAGACUAUUGAAAUUUUGUUGCAGUAUGGAGGUGACCCAAGUAUCAAGGACAACUUUGGUCGAACACCGACCUACAUCGCUCGCGAAACAAAUAAUUACAUUGCUCUUGAGAUGCUUCGAGAGGCAAGAAGAGCCAAAACAGAAAACAGAGAGGCAGAAGACGUCCCUGGUCCUCUUCCCCUACGCACCGACACUGGAUCGAUCAUCCAGCCAGUCAAACGAUCAGACACCGACAACAUACCAUUGUCUAUCUGGGCCCUUUCCAACUCCCAGUCCAUCAGUGAGCUAAGUACUCGACUUGAGACCGCGACUUUGGAAGAAGUCAAUGCGCAAGAUCCGGACAAUGGCCAGUCGGCACUGCAUUACGGUGCCUCGCGCAAUAAUCCCGACACAACACGUCUUUUGAUCUCUCAUGGUGCGGAUAUAAAUCUUCCAAACCAUUAUGGCCGUACUCCGUUGCAUCUGACUACUCUUUACAAUAGCGUCAGAGUGGCAGAAGUCCUUCUAGAUGCUGGAGCUGAUUUUGAGACCCAAGAUCAAUGGGGCCAAUCCCCACUAGCUACAGCUAUGUAUGAUAGGAAUAUGGUAGGUAUUUUAUUGGUGGAAUACGGAGCUGAAUUGCCCAAGGAGCGCCAAGCGUUGGGCGAUUUACUCGAGCUGGCUGUUAUCUAUGGAAAGGAAGAUGCAGUCCGGCGUUUGGUCGCUGCCGGGGCUGAAAUUUGGAGAAAGAAUACCUAUGGCUAUACCCCGUUUGCGAUUGCCAGACUGUAUAGUCAUGAGAAGAUUGCAAAUCUGCUUCUGGAAUUAAGGAAACCGUCAGACCCGACUCAACUUGAGGAAUCAGAAACGCCACCUGAACACCUUACAAUCGACAAAGAGAAGAAAAAAGCUCUAUCAGACUCUCUUCAAAUGACUAAAGAUGUUAAUCGCGAACCUGCUGUAGGAUAUCCCGAAGAAAAGGUCCAAAAAGAUUAUGAAAACCCACCAACUCAGUUGCCGCCUGUUGAGACCACCAAAAAGCCAGGCCAGGUAGCCACCUCCAGCGAAGGUGGCUUGCUAUUGGAUUCACCAAUGAUCCGCCAGAUAUUCCUCACUCUUCUGUUAUCGUUGAUCGUGAUAACAGCAAUCACAGCGAUGCCGAACGGGGUGAUGACGAGAAUUUUACCUUCACGUGUAUAG